CGAAACCGUGAAUGCUGAAUAAAAAGGAAGAAUCUACCGGAUAUGUGCCUUAGCUACUUUGUUUAAACAUAUAACUAGCAGCCGUGAUAGCCUCGUUCUACAAGAUGUCUGGUUCAUCAAAUCUGGUUGCCAUGAAGAAAGUUGUACAGCAGCUACGCUUUGAAGCGAGUAUAAACAGAGUAAAGGUUUCUCAGGCCGCUGCAGAUCUCCAGCAGUUCUGCAUGCAGAAUGCCAACCAGGACCCUCUGCUCACUGGAGUUUCCACUAGUACCAAUCCAUUCAGACCACAGAGAGUGUGCUCCUUUUUAUGAGACCCAGCCACUGCAUUCUUUCGGCCUUCAUUUUGAUGCUACAGGGAAAUGUUGACCUCACUGACCUCCAUGCCAAGGCAUUCCAAUGCCACAUGAUGUUUCAAAGUGUCUGACUUGUCUGGAAUAUUGCCAUCUAUUUACAGCCACAUUAGGGGGGAGAAGACUGGUUUAGAUGUCAUGGCAGAGUGUGGUUUUUAAGUAAAUUAUGGUGCCUUUUCUAUUCUAUUUUAUCCAUCAUUGGUCUUGACUUUUUGUAUUUAGAAAAUAAAACACAUUCUUGCUCUUCUA